AUGGCCAAGAAGAUGCCCACCAAGGGCGCCAAAGCCAAAAAGGGCGCCGCCGCUCGCACGGCCUCGCGCGGCAAGGGCAACGCUCGCAACAACCCGCGAGCCUUCAAGGCGGCGUCGGGCCCAAAGGCCAUGCAGCGCUCGGCGCACCGCGCGCUCGAGAAGCAGGAGCGGCAGUACCACGUGGCGCUCACUGACCGAGCGGUCGAGGUGGCGGUGCAGCCUCCCAUCGUCGUCGCCGUCGUCGGUCCCGCCGGCGUCGGAAAGUCGACCGUGAUCCGCUCGCUCGUCAAGCACUGGACCAAGCAAAACCUCAAGGAGACGCACGGGCCGGUGACGGUGGCGGACCUUGUCCUGCUGGUGGUGGACGGCGCGUACGGGUUCGAGAUGGAGACCUUCGAGUUCCUCAACAUGUGCCAGGUCCACGGCUUCCCGCGCGUGAUGGGCGUGCUCACGCACCUCGACUCCUUCACCAACGCCGCGGCGCUGCGCCGCGCCAAAAAGACGCUCAAGCACCGGUUCUGGACGGACAUCUACGACGGCGCGAAGCUCUUCUACCUGUCGGGGCUCAAGCACGGCCGCUACCCAAAGGCCGAGAUCACCAACCUCGCCCGCUUCCUCGCGGACGUCACCGAGCCGGCCGCCCUUGCGAGGGCAGAUCCGCCGAUCGUGUUCGCCGAUAGUGUUCGCCGAGCGGGGGCCGCCACCGAGCGGAUGCGAUUCCUGACUGGCAUGCGCGUCCACCUCCCCGGGGUCGGAGACUUCGCCAUGUCCGAGGUGAGUGCGCUCGACGACCCGUGCGCUCCUCCCGACCGCACCACCCGCCGCCGGCUCGACUCCAAGGACAAGCGGCUGUACGCGCCGAUGUCCAACCUGGGCAGCAGCCUCGGAGUGCGGCGGCGCGAGGCUGGAGGCGGGCGCCCCCUCGACUCGCCGGUGUCUGGUGCGGCCUAG